GUGUAAGCUUUUUCUUGGGAAUGGGUUUUGGAUGCACGCACUGCACUGUUUUGAUCCCACUCUCUGUUCCCCCCUUUUCAUUGAAACAUUACUGUAUUUCGAAGAAAGAUCGACRAAGUGUUACAAUUGCUGUGWCAAAUUAGCUUACCGAAUGAGAUAUUCUUUGAAGAUWWAAAACAGCCAUGACAAAAUAGAAAGUUUGCUUGAAACUCUGGACAACUAGGCUAUAAAACAUAAACGGCCGAGACCAAAAUAUAUGGUUGCAAUGAGUGGUGUCGUGAAACGACGGCAGGCGACGCCCRUUCGCAGCAGGCGCCGAAGCAAGAUUUAUGUUUGCUUUGUUUUGUUUGCGGCCGCCUACGUGUUUGUGUGGUGGUCUAUCGACGACAACUUGAGCAACGAUUUGCUGCAUGACUCGCCCCUUCUUCGAGUCACUACUGCGUCUGGGCCSGCCGAUGCCUACCUCAACAAUUUUCCGUUGCGUCUGCGAGACAGCGGGGRUAACAUCGACAAGACUAAUGGCCGGGGACUUCGCGACGAGACUUUUCAUUCCUCAGCACACUGUGUCGGAGAAACCCACAACGAAACAACCGCGUGGAAACACAGGAGCUGCAAGUAUGUCCAUCUUUGUGUCGAUUUUGCUGCGAAAACUUCUGACUCCGAGGGGUCUUCGCCGGAAUUCUUUGUCGUUGCCUCUCGGUUCGAUCAAGAAUUUUCGAGUCGCUUUCACCCCAGCAGCAGCAAUAGACCAUCAGCCUCGUCCGACCAAGGAAGAAAUAGCGAAAAYAACAACAAGGUCUAUUACUCUUCCACCGGCCUGGGAAGUAACGUGGCUCUGGGAGCGAUCGAUCCUUCUUGGGAGCGCCUCCCAGAUACGGGUGGAUGGCUGCCCUACGGGUACGGAUUCGACAAAAUUCGGUGGGCUCCCAGGGUUUACAAUUCGAUGCCUUCCAAGCUGUACUAUGAGCUAGACUCCGACGUCGUGAUGGUUCCCUUUCACGCCAUGGCAGCGGACAACGUGGGGCAUUUGUUGUGGGACAACUUUUUGCCCCUUUACAACUUGUUGAGGAUAUUUGGCUUCGACCAAAACGAUUCCAAUGGCGACAGCAAGGAACGCUUUCGGCAYUUGCUGAUACGUGUCGAUACGCUUCCUCCGUUGUCCGCAACAUGCGACCUGAGACCCAAGAAGAAGGAGGCCUGCAGGAAAAGCUUUGAGAAAUUCUUGCCGCUGUUUGGUGUAGAUCCCAAUACCUUUACCACCUCAUCCCAGAUGCGGUUGACCAAACACACCACCACCGAAACAGCGACAAGUCCAAACGAGACACCAGCGACUAUGCACCCCGUUUGUUCGAAGCACGCUGUUGCUGGAAUGGGUUGGUUGUCYGACCACGGAAUACGCGAGUCCCAUGGGUGGAUGAUGAACCACGAAACACACUCGCUGGACGUAGCCCUCGCAAAGAAUCUCGGCAGGGGACCGGAGCUGUACGCCUUUCGCAAUUUUAUGUUACGGAACAUGGGUUUGGAACCCAUUCCGAACGACACCGGUGGCGGCACACUUAGUAGCACGACCAUCACGUUUCGGAUUCUCUUAAGUGCCCACUCRUCSACGUACACCGACCGGAGUUUYGGGCURGAAGAGCAGCACAAAGCACUGGCGGAAGCCUUUCCRACGACAGAGAUUGUUUCGGUGACACUCGCGGAUCUACCCCUGCGUGAGCAACUCGAACUGCUUUCCCAGCCGAAGCAACCCAGGGAGCACAUUAUWUUCGUUUCYGCCAAUGGCGGUGGCACAAUGACAGCCUAUUUCCUGCCGAAGGGAUCGUCGAUGAUCCUGUAUUACAACGAACGUGGCGGCAGAGAUUAUUUUUCUAACAACAAGAACACCGGUGGCCAGGCUAUUCUGGAUUGGGAUCUCAUGAACAAUCUAGGAUACGUCCGGACCCAUUGGUUGCCGACCAGUUCUAUGAACGAAGCGGAAGGAUUGGAUGCAUUGGUAUAUUUGGUCCGGCACGAGAUGGAUGCUACAAUGAACGGCCUGUAUGGAUGAAUCAAUUCGAGUAAACUUCGUUUGGUAUCGAAUUCUAAUUGCUSAAGCAGCCAAUAGGUUUCAAACCGCAAAAUACUUAGAAACGACGAUGCAGUAAGGCAAAGGAAACGAUUCAUUCUUUGAUUCUGAGAAAGGCUCAUGCUCCUAGCUAUUCRACGGUUUUGCAUUUCCUUUUCAACUUCGAAAAGCAAAGUAUAAUCGUUUUUAGGUCACAUUUGCAGCCAGCAACCAAUUUGAGCAGCGGGGCAUAUUCUGCAUUUUGGGAGCAGAUACAUUGGAUUUAGUAAUGCCAUACUGAAAUAUUUAAAUUGAACAAUUUGCUUCAAAUAGUAACAUGUCGAAAGCCUUUAGUUUUGAUAUGGUAUGUCUCCAGGAGCCGGCAAUAAUAUUGUUGGCUUUGC